UUGUACAGAUAAUUGUACUGAUGAAUAGACUCUGUUGGCUCAAAUUUUUUAUUGAUACAAUUGUUUAGGUUCUUUCCCUGUUUUGUCACUUCAAAAUUUAUUACCAUCAAGAGUUUUUUCUUCUUUUUAUUCUUGGAAAUUUGAGUUUAUGUGGUUGACUCAGAGAUAAGCUUGAGAACCUUAAACUUAUAUAAACUGAGUAUCUGACAGAAUUGAAUUAUGUGAAGAGGUUAUUGUUAUUGUGAUAUACUUUGAUUCUCAUGGGUACACUUUCAGAACAUGAACCUCUUCUUUUGAACAAAGCUGAUGAAGCUGAUUAUGCGAAGAAAGUGCCCCAAUAUAUUCCAUUUGUACUAUGGGUUAUCAAAUUCAUCAUAUCGGUGAUUUUUGUUGCAUGGGGUACCCUUAUUGUUUGGUACCCGACCAAGUUUAUGCAGGGAAUCUUAGAAUCAAUGCUUAUGGCUACAAUUGGAACAAUUUUCGGGAUCACUGGAAGUGUUUUUUUGAUAUUCAGUGGCCCAGUUCUUCUCAUGACAUUUCUGUCAUUUGUAUAUCUAAUGAUCUCGCCAGCUGAGGAGUUCCAUGGUAAGAAGAAGCUGAAAUUUCCAACAUUCCGACUGUGGACUUUCCCCGUGCUCGUGGGUGGACCAUUCGGUGUUGUUUCUGCUGCUGAAUUGAUUGGAAUAGUCUUCUUCAUUGUCUAUGUUAUCUGGGCAGUUGCAGUUUACACCAUACAGAACCGUGAGUCGAUAUCUAAGUUCAACCUGCCUUUCUGGGAAGAAAGUUACCAGAUGCUGGAACUUUCUGGACUGCGCAUUGGAUCUAUCGGAUUAUUCUGCUUGGCACUUUUGUUUAUACCCAUAACAAGGGGGUCCUUUCUUCUGCGAUUCAUCGAUAUUCCUUUUGAAGUUUCUACUAGAUAUCAUGUAUGGUUGGGGCAUCUCACGAUGGUCAUCUUUAGUGUGCACGGAUUAUGUUAUUUACUGGCAUGGGCUAUGCAAGGGCGCCUACUAGAAGAAAUGUUGCAAUGGAAUGAUUUUGGUAUCGCUAAUCUUCCUGGAGUAAUCAGCCUUUCAGCAGGUUUAUUAAUGUGGAUAACAUCAUUCCAUCCAGUCAGGAAGCAGUACUUUGAGUUGUUCUUCUACACACAUCAGCUGUAUGUGGUCUUCUUCGUCUUCAUGGCUUUGCACGCUGGAGACUUUGUUUUCAGCAUAUGCGCUGGAGGAAUAUUUCUUUUCCUUACCGAUCGUUUCUUAAGAUUCUGUCAAUCACGAAAAACAGUCGACUUACUUUCAGCCACUUGUUUACCCUGCGGAACUGUAGAACUGGUCAUUUCAAAACCUAAAAAUUUGCAGUACAAUGCACUCAAUUUUAUUUUUCUUCAAGUGCGUGAAUUGUCAUGGUUGCAAUGGCAUCCCUUCAGUGUAUCAUCCAGUCCUUUGGAUGGUAAACAUCAUAUGUCAGUUCGUAUAAAGGUACUUGGGGGAUGGACGAAGAAACUGAAAGAUAACAUCUCAAAAGUCUCAGAAGAGCCUGAUAAAGAAUUAUCCACCCAACUUCAUCCAAGGUUAACUGCUUCAGUUGAGGGUCCAUACGGGCAUGCGUCACCUUACCACUUGAUGUAUGAGAACCUUAUUUUAGUUGCUGGAGGCAUUGGCAUUUCUCCAUUCCUGGCUAUCUUGUGUGACAUAUUUCACCGUGUUGAACUGAGCAAGCCUUGUCUGCCGAAAAAUAUACUACUUGUCUGGGCCGUAAAAAGAACGAAUGAGCUUUCUCUGUUUUCUUCAGUUGACAUAGAGUCAAUUUGUCCAUCUUUUGCAGACAAAAUCAAGCUUGAGAUGCAUACUUACAUCACACAAGAAACAGAGCCUCCGUUGGAAGAUGGUGAGGUUGGCAAGAGCACCAGACGGUCCUACUUUCCUACGAAAAACCAAAACAAAAUGUCUGGUUUGGCUGGAACAGUAAAUAAUAUAUGGCCUGGAAUUUAUGCGAUCACAUCUACAAUUGGCUUUGUAAUUUUUAUGGCUUUGACAGAAUUAUUUUACAUAAAGCCAUUUGGUGUCACUGCAUGGUGGUUGAAAGGACUUCUCUUUGUAGCUUGCAUGAUUGCAGGUAUCCUCGUUUUUGGCGGUCUUGUGGUGGUGUUAUGGCAUCUAUGUGAAAGAAGAGAUAUGAAUGAUGCAAAGUGGAUGGAAGAAGAUGAAAAGAGUAACUCUGUGCAGUAUAAUAAGCUAAGGACAUAUCCUGAUGCUUACCAGACAACUGUUGCUAAUUUAACAACUGCAAAUUAUGGACGUCGUCCAGAUUUUGAAGAGAUUUUCUAUUCGGCGUCUGAGAGGUGGGGAGGCAAUGUUGAUGUGGGUGUCAUUGUUUGUGGUCCAUCAACAUUAGAAUCAAUUGUUGCCAAGGAAUGCAGGUCCAAGAACAUAAAGAGGAGCAAGAAUCAGCCAUUCUUCCAUUUCAACAGUCACAGUUUCGAGCUUUAAAUAUUUUGACUGCAACAUCAACUCAUUGUCAUCAUCAAAUCCUUCAUACAUACGUUUAAUACAUACCUAAAUGAUACUAGUCAUGUGCAUGUUCGUUAUCUCUGUAUAUCAUGUCUAUAUGUGAUCUGGUUCAAGGUUUUGUAACAAGUCUAUAUUUAUAUUAAAUCUUACAAGUAGAGUGCACGUGCGUUGCACGAAAGACGCAGAGUUUCACACCUUCA